AUGAUUGCUUCCCUCGGAAAACCGAGGGAAGAGAUUCCGUACGAAAAUCGCAAGAAUUUGGCUCCUGGUUUGAAAGGUUAUUAUGUUCAUAGACUUUUAGUAAAUGCUGUAGCAAUGUGGGCUUCACCUCGUUAUGCUUGUUAUAUUUUCAUGAUGUUAGAUGAACUAUAUAAAGCAGAACGUGGAGAGAUGGAAAAGAAACUUCAAGCAAAAGAUGAAGUCAUUGAAUCCAAAGACAAAAGCAUACAGAAAAGAAUACCACGUUCGGUACCAAAAGGAAAGGAAAAGAGUUAUAAGUAUAUGAUUUACGCUGAAGAGAUGGAAAAUGAAGAAGACAGAGAUAUGGUUAUGUUGCAUUUAGUCAGAAGAAACAACAAAAGCUUUUACGACCUUGCUAAGAUUUACAAAUCUGACAGAAACUGGUUCUAUCGUGAAAACUUACCGAUUUCAAUGACACCGAAUGAGCAAAUAAAGGAAAUUGUCAAAAAUACUCUUCCUCAAACACACUAUGACAUCAAAGGUUGCACAAUACUUACAUUCAAAGAAGACUUAACAUUACUGAAGGAAAAAAUAACAGAGUAUUUCGACAACUUCAAAGAGGAAGAAUGA